AUGGUUCAGUGUCCGAUCUGCAGCCGGUCGGUGAAACAAGCCAACAUCAAUAAUCAUAUCGACUCCAACUGCGUGGAGGAUAUCGAGAAUGAGCAGCCGGACAGCAAUGCAUCCACUACUACUCCAGCGAGCGGCGUGGCGAGUUUCUUCAAAACGCCUGCGAAACGAGACACGGCGAUGCUUUUCCUUUCCUCGUCGCAGCCUGUUGGACAGAGUCCGAGCGAGUUGAGGCCGAAUGCGAAUCAUUCGAAUACCAGCUUGAAGCGAUCGUUUGAUGCUGCGUCCUUGUCCUCGUCACAGCCCCGUGCUGCUGCCGCCGGGGCACUGGGCAAGAAGAGCGAGGAGAUACGUCUGACAGACGGCGUCGGCCGAGAUACUACGAGUCCUAAUGGUUCUACUACUCCAGCACUUCCCUCGCCAGCGGUCAAGAAACCCAAGACGAUGAGCGCAUUCGAGAGGGCGGCACCACUGGCGGAGCGGAUGAGGCCAAGAACACUGGACGAUGUGUGCGGCCAGGAACUUGUUGGGCCCAACGGUGUCCUCCGCGGCUUGAUCGAGCAAGACCGCGUGCCCAGCAUGAUCCUGUGGGGCGGAGCAGGCACAGGCAAAACCACCAUCGCACGUGUGAUCGCGUCCAUGGUCGGCAGCCGGUUCGUCGAGAUUAACAGCACCAGCUCGGGGGUCGCCGAGUGCAAGAAGAUCUUCGCCGAGGCGAAGAACGAGCUCGGCUUGACUGGUCGCAAGACGAUUUUCUUCUGUGACGAGAUCCAUCGGUUCAGUAAGAGUCAGCAAGAUGUGUUUCUUGGGCCGGUUGAGGCGGGCCAUGUCACGUUGAUUGGGGCCACGACGGAGAAUCCCAGUUUCAAGGUCCAGAAUGCGCUCUUGAGUCGGUGUCGGACGUUCACAUUGCAGAAAUUGACGGAUCGGGAUGUCGCUGAUAUCCUGGGCAGGGCGUUGGAGGCGGAGGCGGAGAGAAGGGAGAACUACACUCCGUCGCCCCUGGUCAAUGAUGAGUUGAUCACGUAUUUGGCCGCGUUUGCGGACGGGGAUGCGAGGACGGCGCUCAAUCUGCUGGAGCUCGCGAUGGAGUUAUCCCAGCGUCCUAACAUGACGUUGGAGAUGCUAAAGCAGUCUCUCACCAAGACGCUCGUCUACGACCGCGCGGGCGACCAGCACUACGAUACAAUCUCUGCGUUUCACAAAUCUGUCCGUGGCGGUGAUGCAGACGCGGCGCUGUAUUAUCUCGCGCGCAUGAUCCAGUCAGGAGAGGACGCACUCUACAUCGCAAGAAGAAUGAUCGUCAUCGCUUCCGAAGAUGUGGGCCUCGCGGACAGUACUAUGCUUCCCCUCGCUACGGCGGCAUAUACUGCGGCGGAAAGGGUAGGCAUGCCCGAGGCCAGGAUUAAUCUCGCCCACGUCGCCGUUGCGCUGUGCCAGGCGCCGAAGUCGACGCGAGUGUACCGUGGGCUGAGCAAUGCCAUCCGGGCUCUUGAAGAGCCGGGAGUUGCGGGUCUGCCUAUUCCAAUUCACCUCCGAAAUGCCCCUACCAGGUUGAUGAAGGAGCUUGGGUAUGGGAAGGAGUAUAAAUAUAAUCCCGAUUAUGUGGAUGGGAAGGUCGAGCAAGAGUACUUGCCGGAGAAGUUGAGGGGCAGGAUAUUCCUCGAAGACAGAGAUCUUGGUGAGGAAGUUGACCCUGCUCUCCUGGGAAUACAUGAUUGA